AUGUUUGAAAAUUUAAAAGCUUUUAUAAGACAUGGCAAACAAGCCAAUGAUAUGAAAAAGAAACCAACCACUUCCCUUGAUACAAAUACUUCACCAUUAUCAACAGAAUUUGCAACAAAUAUAACAUCAGAUUCAAAUUUUGCAAAUGAAAAUCCAUUUGGUUCAAAUUAUCAAAUCAUAGAUAGUUAUAACCCUUCUGAUAAACAAUAUCAACAAUAUCAACAAGAAUAUGAACAACAAUUACAACAACAGUUAGCAGAACAAGGACAACAAGGACAACAACAACAACAACAAAAUACAGGAAUAUAUAAUAAUAGUACUGAUGCUUUCACCAGUAACACCAGUAAUUAUUCAGAUGUUACAUUAAAUGAACCAAAUCAAGAACAAGAUUAUAAUAAAUUAGCAGCUCAAAUGGUUGAAGAAGAAAUUAAACAAAAACAAAAAUCCAAAAAUAAGAAAUAUCCGAAUUUGGAUAAUUACCAAGUAUUGGAUCAAAUGGGAGAAGGAGCGUUUUCAGUAGUUUAUAGAGCAAAACAUUUAAAAACAAACAAAGAAGUGGCUAUAAAAAUAUUAAGAAAAUUUCAAAUGGAUCAACAACAAAAACAAGCAGUAUUAAAAGAAGUUACGAUAAUGAGGCUAUUAAAUCACUCAAACGUAGUUAAAUUUAUUGAAUUUAUUGAUUCACCAGUUUAUUAUUAUAUUGUACAAGAAUUAGUAAGUGGUGGAGAAAUUUUUACAAUGAUUGUAAAAUAUACUUAUUUAUCAGAAGAUUUAUCAAGAUGGAUUAUAAAACAAGUUGCAUUAGCUAUAAGAUACUUACAUGAAGAAGUUGGAAUAGUUCAUAGGGAUAUAAAACCAGAAAACUUAUUAUUCGAACCAAUUGAAUUUCAAGCUAGUGCUAAUCCAGUAUCAAAAUUAAGAAAAAGUGAUGAUCCAAACACUAAAAAAGAUGAAGGUGAUUUUACUCCAAAUGUAGGUGGUGGUGGAAUUGGUAUAGUCAAAUUAGCCGAUUUCGGAUUAAGUAAACAGAUAUGGGAACAUAAUACUAAAACUCCAUGUGGUACAGUUGGUUAUACAGCACCAGAAAUUGUAAGAGAUGAAAGAUAUUCGAAAGAAGUUGAUAUGUGGGCAAUGGGUUGUGUAUUAUAUACUUUAUUAUGUGGUUUCCCACCUUUUUAUGAUGAAAGAAUUGAAACAUUAACUGAAAAAGUAGCAAAAGGUCAAUUUACAUUUUUACAACCAUGGUGGGAUGAAAUUAGUCAAGAUGCUAAAAAUUGUGUAAGUAAUUUAUUAACAGUUGAUCCAAAAAGAAGAUAUACAAUAGAUGAAUUUUUACAAGAUCCAUGGAUGAAUAAAGAAUCACCAAAACCCAAAACAACAGCAUCAAGUAUACCACAACAUAUUAAAAAUUCACAUCCAAUCCAAUCACAAAAUAAUAAUCAAUCACAAACAAAAUAUUCUAAAAAAUUCAAAGCACAAUCAUCAACACAUCAAGAUCUUUAUUCCCCAGCUGCAGUUGCAUUAAGAGAUGCUUUCGAUAUAUCAACAGCAGUACAUAGAAUGGGAGAAGAAGCAGCAUUAUCAUCAAAAUAUAAUAAUCAACAACCAAAUAUUGAAGAUUUAAUUGAAGAAGAAGAAGAAGAAAAUGAAGAAGAUGUAAGUCAUUCAGGUAGAGUUUUACAACAUCAUCAAAAAACUCCACAAUCUCAAAAAUAUAAUAAUACAUCAAGAGUACCUAGAUCUGCUGGUGGAACUAAUAGACAAAAACAACAACAACAACAAGUUUUCAAAAUUAAUAAUGGAUUUGAUCUUAAUUUGGGUGGUGCUUCAAUUAUUGAAAGAAGAAAAAAUAAACAAAUUCCAAUUCGAUCAAGUUAG